UUCUUAGAGCUUUUUGAGAUUGUGAAUACCUCCCACUCUUCUAUCCCACCCCGUAUCUCCACAGCUACCAUCAUAAUAGCAAAAUGCAAUUGUACAGUCAAAACUUGAUUGUGUCAAUAUAUUUAGGCAUAUGAUGAAUCAAAAGGUAACCAGAGAAAAUAAAAAAUACAUUUAAAGAAACAAGAAAAAGAAACAAAACGAUUUUUUUUUUUAAAUAAAAGAUAAAUUAAUAAAUAUAUGAAUUAAGAUAACGAUCAUAAUAAUAUGUGUAUUCAACCAAAACCAUCAUGUAUUAUCAAUGCACUCAGGAAAGACUGGUGUUUGUUUCACUUCUCAGUUAUAUCUGCUAUUCAUAAAUAUAAUUAUCAAAAUAAAAAAUGAUUAUGUUCACAACACGGACCAGUUCAGUCAGUACUCUGUCUGUUGCUCCUCCCCUGAGGAGAGAGACUCCGCCCUCUUGGUCUCCUCCGGUGUUGAAUACUAAACGUUCACUGUCAGACCAACAACAAACCACAGGUGACUGUGCUGAGAGACGCUUCUUCGAACUCAUCGCACUUUUCUGCCUGGUGUUUGUCCGAGUGAUCUGUAAAAAUGCCUCUGGAUCUGAUGCACCCCAGCUUCACUGAGGAGAGGAGGCGACACAAGAAGAAGAGGCUGGUGCAGAGUCCCAACUCCUACUUCAUGGAUGUGAAGUGCAUGGGCUGUUACAGGAUCACCACCAUCUUCAGCCAUGCACAGAUAGUGGUACCUUGUGCAGGCUGCCUUUUAAUCCUCAGCCAACCAGGAGGGGGGAAAUGCAGACUAACUGCUGGCUGCUCCUUCAGAAGGAAAAACUGCUGAUCAGACGUAUGUGUACGCCCACGACGGGCAAUAUGGAUAAAUUAGUCUGAGCCUCACACUCCAUGUAUUAUAUUGAGAAAGCAGAGAAUUCACUUCCAUCUGUAUCUCAAUGGUGUGGUGUGAAAUUUAAUUCCCCUGUGGAGUUGAAUUGGGAAAAAUGAGCUGUUAUAGUAAAGAUAGAAUGUCAUAUGAAUAAAGACAUUCCCAUAUGCUUUGAUUGUAUUGUAUGUAUAUAUCAGAAUAAUAUGAUGUAGUUCUGUCUACUACCUUCACUAAGUAAAACAUGUUUUGUAAUCAUCAAAAUGCAAAAAAACAAAAGGUCAAAGGACUCAUGGUUUCUGUAAAACAUUUAUUAGACUGACAUAGAGGGGGUGGUGAAUGAAAUAUUACAAAAACAGCCUUGAUCAAAUGUAAGGCGCGAUUCAUGGACCUGGCACAAGAUGAAACCACAAUGGCCAUCACAAAACAAAAAUUCCAAAAAUAAAAUAAAAAUAAAUUUGACUGUC